CACCGCGCGCGCAAGGGGAGAAUGGGAGGAGACGGCUGCGUAGGCUGGCCGGUGUUCGGUUUCACCAGCUCACACGUGACCGCAAUGGCUGCUUGUCUGCUCUGUGCAGUGCAUCAUUCCUCCGCCGCCCAGCGAACGUAGGCUAGAGCAGUUUUCUCGCUUCGCUGAACUGUCGGUGAGGACAUUUACCACCCGCCGAGGCGAAACUCCUCCGCGUUCCGCCGAACAGCUCACCGGCAGAGAACAACCACAUUCGGGAGAGAAAUUAAAGCGUCUCGGGCUUCAACUUCCACCAACCAACACAGCGGUAGGAGGAGUCAACAGAUGUUUCUCUCUGGUGUGGUGCUGUUCCUCUGGCUGUCUGAAGAGAUUUAAGACGGAGAAAUCCAGCAGCAGGUUACUCGCUCUGACAGGUUUGACCCGAGAGCAGUUUGUCACCUACGGAGCAUUGCUUCUCAUUUCCUCUUGCGUCACAUCACCCUAGUCCAUCAUCCUGUGAAGAGUAACUGGAAUAUACUGCCUCAACACACUUUUAUUCUAAGAGAACUGUGGGAUUGCUUUCCAGAGAGUUACAUAACACCGAAACAAAGAGCGCUACACCUGUGAGCCGUACACUGUGAUUGAAUGGCUUCAUAAUCACUCACACGCACCCUGGAUCACCAAUCAUUAACCUGUUUCUGUCUCAAGCCACAGUAGCGAGCGCCCGCACAGACAAUUGCAAACAAAGCUCUCAUAGUUGGAUUACCAAAAGUAGCUCAUGAUGGGAAAGUAGACAUCCGGCAUCACGGAUAGCCUGCACAGAGGUCUGGGACUCAGUGCUGUAUCUGAGCGUGCCAUGUCUGGAAACGGCAACCACUGCCCCAGCCCCAGAGGUCUGGGCAAUCCUUUAGGGGGCUUCCCGAUGCCGCACUACCCUUACUUCUUUCCUCAUAUGCUAGGAGGGCUCUCCCCUCCGGCGCUUCCAGGACUUCCCGUCAGUGGAUACAGCACUCCGUCUCCUGCAACUGUGGAGACCCAGAGCACAAGCUCAGAGGAGAUCGUACCAAGCCCACCUUCUCCACCUCCUCCACCACGGGUCUACAAGCCCUGUUUCGUCUGCCAGGACAAGUCCUCAGGCUACCAUUAUGGAGUUAGUGCAUGUGAAGGGUGCAAGGGCUUUUUCCGAAGGAGCAUUCAGAAGAACAUGGUGUACACCUGCCACAGAGAGAAGAGCUGUAUCAUCAACAAGGUCACCCGAAACCGCUGCCAGUACUGCCGGCUGCAGAAGUGCCUGGAAGUGGGCAUGUCUAAAGAAUCUGUUCGGAACGACCGGAACAAGAGGAAGAAGGAAGAGAAGAAGCAGGAGUGUUCGGAGAGUUACGUCUUAAGUCCUGAUACGGAGCAGAUGAUCGAGCGGGUUAGGAAGGCCCAUCAGGAAACCUUCCCCUCGCUGUGCCAGCUGGGCAAAUACACCACGAACAACAGUGCAGAACAGAGGGUCGCUCUAGAUGUUGACCUGUGGGACAAGUUCAGUGAACUCUCCACCAAAUGCAUUAUUAAAACGGUGGAGUUCGCCAAGCAGCUGCCGGGCUUCACCACACUCACUAUCGCAGAUCAGAUCACCCUGUUAAAGGCCGCCUGUCUCGACAUCCUGAUUCUGCGAAUAUGUACGCGCUACACACCAGAUCAGGACACCAUGACGUUUUCAGACGGUCUGACACUGAACCGCACGCAGAUGCACAACGCCGGCUUCGGUCCACUGACGGAUCUGGUUUUCGCUUUCGCCAACCAGCUCCUGCCUCUGGAGAUGGAUGAUGCAGAGACUGGGCUUCUCAGCGCCAUCUGUCUGCUGUGUGGAGAUCGCCAGGAUCUGGAGCAGUCGGAUAAGGUGGAUGUGCUUCAGGAGCCGCUGCUGGAGGCCCUAAAGAUCUACGUGAGAAAGAGGAGGCCUCAUAAACCACACAUGUUCCCCAAGAUGCUGAUGAAGAUCACAGACCUGAGGAGUAUCAGCGCUAAAGGAGCCGAGCGAGUAAUAACGCUGAAAAUGGAGAUUCCCGGCUCCAUGCCUCCACUCAUUCAGGAGAUGCUGGAGAAUUCGGAGGGUCUGGAGGGUGGCGGUGGGGCGAGAGGAGGAGGAGGUGGAGGAAAAGGAGCGCCACCAGGAAGCUGCAGCCCCAGUUUGUCUCCCAGCUCGGCACACAGCAGCCCCUCAGCUCACUCUCCCUGAGUCUCACCCCCAGACAAGGCUCCGUACGGAACGAAACUGGUUCCAAACCAGAAAUAAGCCACAGCCGACCAGCGCCAGAAACCAGAAUUCCGGUAGACUUUAAUCUGGGCUGACCGGACCCGAACAGUUAAUCUGGCCGGCUUUCAUUAGCUGAAGACCAAUUGAGUUACACACAGGCCGAGCCUGCUCAAAACUCACACUGUCAUUAAAACCACCAGUGAUUCAGUGACUACCAGAGCCCUGCAGCUUUUCACGUAUCGGUGAUCUAUGAAGACGGCAGAACAAAUGCCCCGUGUGUGCAGAAGCGGCUCUUUUCUGUGUCUUCCUAGCUCUGCUCCCAUCACACAAACUGUGAAGGCCCAGAUAAGCUCUCCUUAUCUGAGGGACGCUUUCUCUUGAGCCUGUGACGUUAUACAUUUCAAUCCCUUAAAAGCAAGCUAAAGGACAUUAGGACGUCAAAUGUCCACAAGUCAGGGACAUUUUGAACUUUCCAGCUGUUUUGGUUCUGUUUCUUUGUUUUCUUACAAAAGGAUAUAUGAAUAUAUGAAAUCUAUAUUGACCGAAAAAUGAGAUUUGAAUUUUGUGUCUUAGGUGGAAUGCAGAACAGUUCUUAUCUUUUCUCUCUCUCACUUUUCUCAAGAGUUAAACACAGUUAUGGUCGACCCACUGUUAUGUUCACUCCAAGACCUGUUCACGUCAUGCACAAGGGCACGUCACACUAGCACUGAAAAUCAUGCGAUGGGGUUAAAAUGCAAUUUUGUUCAGUGAGGAAAUGAUUUGGAGACGUAUUCACAAUGGUCAACUUGGCAGUUGUGGCAAAGAAAUGAAAGAUCUCAUGUAAACAAGCAGCUUGUGAUUGAUGAUGAUGUGUUUGAGAUCUCAGAGCGGUAAAUGCCUUUGUGUAAUGUGUAUCUUUUUAAUAUUGUUUCUUAAUUUACUCUUUAAUUUUUGUAAUUGUCAACUGUCGAAAGACAGAGACCCCCUCUACACAGUAUUAGCAGAUUAUAAAAUAAAAAGGAGAUUUCCAAACA